AAAACGGCCGGCGGGACCGACUGCUCGUCGUCGUCGUCGUCGUCGUCGUCCCCGCCGCCGCCAUGAACCCCGACCUGCGCAAGGAGCGGGCCGCGGCCAGCUUCGACCCCGAUCUCCUCACCUACCUCCUCGACGGGGCCCCCGACAGGACCCGCCGCCGCAGGGAGAUCGAAAAACUGAUUUUGAAUGACCCCGACUUCCAGCACGAGGAUAUGAAUUUCCUCGACCGCACCAACCGCUAUGAACUGGCCGUCAAGAAGAGCGCCGACAUGGUGAAGAAGAUGAGGGAUUUUGGCAUCGGCGACCCCGAAGAGAUCAUGUGGUUUAAAAGAGUGUUUUUGGGCACUUGUGUGGAACCGGUCACCCUCCAUAACUCCAUGUUUAUCCCCACGUUGAUGAAUCAGGGCACUGCUGCCCAGAAAGAGAAAUGGUUGACAGCGUCCUCAGGCCUCCAGAUAAUCGGCACCUACGCCCAGACGGAGAUGGGGCACGGAUCUCACCUGCGAGGCCUGGAGACCACGGCCACGUUUGACCCGCAGACCCAGGAGUUCGUCCUCAACAGCCCCACCGUGACCUCCAUCAAGUGGUGGCCAGGGGGACUUGGAAAGACCUCAAACCACGCCAUCGUCCUGGCCCAGCUGUACACCAAGGGGCAGUGCUAUGGCCUGCACGCCUUCCUUGUGCCACUGCGGGAGAUGGGCACCCACAAGCCCUUGCCAGGCAUCACCGUGGGGGAUAUCGGGCCCAAGUUUGGCUACCACGAGAUGGAUAAUGGCUACCUGAAGAUGGACCGCGUCCGCAUCCCCCGAGAAAACAUGUUGAUGAGAUACGCCCAGGUCAAACCUGACGGCACCUAUGUGAAGCCCGUGAGCAACAAGCUGACCUAUGGGACCAUGGUGUUCAUCCGGUCCAUCCUCGUGGGCGAAGCGGCCCGGGCUCUGUCCAAGGCCUGCACCAUCGCCAUCCGCUACAGCGCGGUGCGCCACCAGUCUGAGAUCCGGCCGGGGGCGGCCGAGCCCCAGAUCCUGGACUACCAGACCCAGCAGUAUCGGCUCUUUCCCCUCCUGGCCACGGCCUACGCGUUCCAGUUUGUGGGGGCUUUCAUGAAGGAGACCUACCACCGUAUCAACGUGGAUAUCAGCCAGGGGGACCUGAGUGAGCUGCCUGAGCUUCAUGCGCUGACCGCUGGCAUCAAGGCUUUCACUACUUGGACGAGCAGUGCCGGCAUCGAGAGCUGUCGCAUGGCCUGCGGGGGCCACGGCUACUCCCAAUGUAGCGGCCUCCCCAACAUCUACGUGAACUUCACCCCAAGCUGCACUUACGAGGGGGAGAAUACGGUCAUGAUGCUGCAGACGGCCAGAUUCCUGAUGAAGAGCUACAACCACGUGCAGUCAGGAAAGUUGGUGGGCGGCAUGGUGGCCUAUCUGAACGACCUGCCCAGUCAGAGGAUCCAGCCGCAGCAGGUGGCCGCCUGGCCUGCGGCCGGGAACCUGAGCAGCCCGCUCGGCCUGGUCGAGGCUUACAAGCUGCGGGCGGCCAGAUUGGUGGAAACCGCAGCCAGAAAUCUCCAAGCGGAGGUCAAGCACCGGAAGAGCAAAGAGGAGGCGUGGAACCUGACCUCCGUGGACCUGGUCAGAGCCAGUGAGGCUCAUUGUCACUACGUGGUGGUGAAGCUCUUUGCUGAAAAGCUGACCCAGGUCACCGACAAGCCCCUCCAGGCAGUCUUGAACAAUCUGUGUCUCCUGUACGCCCUCCACGGGAUCAACGAGAAGGCCGGGGACUUCCUACAGGGGGGCAUCCUGACCGAGGCCCAGGUGAGCCAAGCAAACCAGCACGUGAAGGAGCUGCUGACGGCCCUCCGCCCCGAAGCGGUGGCCCUGGUGGAUGCUUUCGACUUCCAAGAUGCCAUUCUCGGCUCCGUGCUCGGCCGCCACGACGGCCGUGUCUACGAAAACAUGUUCGAGUGGGCCAAGAACUCACCGCUCAACAAGACCGAGGUCCACCCGUCCUUCCACAAGCACCUGAAGCCCCUGCAGUCCAAGCUGUGAAACCGGCCAGGCCUCCCUCCACCUCGGAGCCCCAGAGAGGCGCCUUUAUUCAGCUCCAGUAUGUCGGGCAGCCAGUGACGGAGCACCCUUCGGACCUCUUUCUUUUUCCUUUCCCUUUUUCUUAAUCAAUGAAGAAAAAAAUAGACGUUAGGGAGAUUGACUGGAACACCGGGAAAUGGAUAUCGUUUCGGGGAGGGGCAUGUGGAUGAGUCCUUUCAAGUGCAAUUACUAUCGAAAAAGAUCUUUUUAGCAUUCAGCAAAGCUUUAUAAGUUAGAGAGCCUGACCUCCCUCUGCAAGGCUGCCCCUCCCAGGGGAUCCAGCUUCCCAGGUCACCUAGCAGAAUUUAACUACCGAGUAGUUAGAACAGUAACUUCGAGUAACUUCGACGAAUCAGUGGAUUCGCUCCGAGUUGAAAAACGAUGAGUAUCUUUUAAAAAAACAAGAUGCUUUUUAAAGGAGGGCCUUCUGACACCCUGCCCCCAAACCCCUCCCAGCUGAUGUCAUUGAUCGGCUCCCCACCGACCUUUGCCCCCUUUAGCUGCCGCGGCCCUCCUAUUCCCCCGGCUUUCCCAAAGAGGCGCCUCUCUGUUCACCGCCUGCCUUCCCCACCGCACCUGGCGGCGCUUCUUCAGCUGGGAGGAAUCCUCGGAGGAACGAGUGGAGUUGUCUCUCGGCCUCCCUCCUCCUUGGCCCCCCAACUCCGGGGACCCUGCGAAGUUUUUAGUUGGGGGAGGGGGGUGCUGGAAGCCCCAGGCAGCCCCACCAGUGGGCCACCCCCCAACUCCCAGGAGCUCUCAAAUGCAAAAUCAUCCCUUUCCAUGGCUAUUGAAUUUGCACGUUCAUCUUGUGACAUCAAGGAUGUGACUUUGAACUGGACUUGGUGCUGUUGGUCCUCUGCCUCGCAAGUAUAGAAAUCCCCCCGAGACAAGUCCCACCCCCCCGCGGUUCCAAGAGGUCAAAGAUGAAUCCGACAGACUUGGCCGGAGAGGGCCGGUGGAGCCCCCGGAUGGGCGACGAGGGAGUCGGACCCAGGGCUCUCCUCGUGGGCCGUGGACCGUUAGCUGGGCUCCGCUGCACAGUUGCUGGGGACCCCGGGGAGGGAAGGCUUUCACUCAUUUAAGGCCGAUCAGAGAGGCACAGGGCUUGCAUUUUUGGCUUAUUUCCGAGGAAGAGAAAACAUGGUCUUCCAUAAAAGUCAACCGUCGGAGAAGGGUCUGAGGCGGGGCUCCUUCCCGGUCCUUUCCCAGCUCCAAAUUUCUGGAUGAGGGUCCCCUGCAGACUCGUCGCAGUGCAAGUCUACGACCUGGUCAAACCGACUACAGGAGGCCGGAGUCACCUCUGAAGCUUUUUACUCUAAAUAUUGCACAAAGUAAGCCUGCCCCGGCGGGCAGGAGAGGAAGGCCACCGCCUCAGUUCGGUUGAGAGUCAUUUGGCCCGGAGGUGGAUUCGAAAGUCAAACGGGACUGUCUCUGUGUGAAAUCAGGAGUGAGGCAGAGGGCUGGACCCGACUGCCGAGAUUAGCUUUUUGCAGGAGAGUCUCAAGGUUGAGCUCUUAUCAAGAGAGCGGGAGUGUGAUCAUGGGAGUGUAAUCGCGAUGCGUCAUAGAGACGGGAUUUACCGGGAUUUGCCACAGUCGCCUGGGCCAGCUUUUCGGGUCAGGCAUCUUGGAUGCACAUCUCAGUGGUAGCCAGAGAGAGCUACUCAGCUCAUGCCCACUGAGGGAAAAAACGGCGCUCGGCCGGGGCAAGUUCUGAGGUUGGGCUUUGACUCUUUCUGUAGUUGGGAGAAACACAUCCCGAAGCCUUCCUGUUUGACUUUCCAGAUCUCGAAGGGACCGAUCGGCCACCAUUACUAGGGUGAUAGUCACUCGUUCCCGAUGUUUUAUUCCUCCGGCCCCGGGUAGUCUCGCAGAGAGGCUUCACCACGGACCCAGCCUCAGUUCUUAGUCCCACACCAGAGAGAGCUCGGGUCAGAAAUCCAGCCCGAGAGUUUUUUGGCCGUCCUGGCAGGGGAUGUGUGUCCGUCCCCCUCCGCCCUGAGGCCAGGACCGAGAUGCAGCUUUGGAGUGAGGGUUGGCCACGUCCCUUCUCCCCCCAUGAGGAUGAGAGAGUCCAGGCUCCUUGGUUUCCCAUCCUCCAGGGGCGGGCACAGAGCCACCGCCUUGGGGAGCAGCAGGUCUGCCCUGGGAGGGAGACGGGGAAAGGCCUCCCUGCCGUCCGUCCUUCCGUGGCAGGAACAAACAUUUUUUGCCUUAAGGUGGGUCAGGGUGUGUCCUUGGGGAUUUGAUCUGAUGGAAAAAGUGGGCAGGAGCUAUUUUAAAUACGUACCUUCUCCCCCCACCCUCGGAGUAAAAACUUCCCUCGUGGGUAGCAGCGGUUUGUCAUAAAUCAGUGUGUCUUAAUUUUUUUUUUUACCUGCGGGGACUCUUUAUAAUUUUCUGUAGCCUGAUAGCUGGGCUGCCUAACGCUUUGUUGUAUAAAACAGCGGUGACACUCGCAACUCAAUCAUAGAUGUUCACUGAAGUGAUGGUGCGGACCAGGUAAGAGGUGGUUAUUGUGCUAGCACCCUCUCCGAGCAGGGUGGUGCCACAGGCUUCCCCUGUAUCGUUCUGCGUUCACACUAGAAGAAAAAGCACUUAUGUUUUCUCGAUUACCAAGAGCGGUUCAGCCCUUUGGAACGGCGGGGAACUGGGGAUGCGGUCCAGGACCGACCGUGGCAACCCAAGCCCAUCCCCACCCUUCCCUCCAACGGGCCGCCGGGGCCAGCUGACUACUAACCAAUCUUUGUCCAUGGCAUGGAAUAAUCCUUUAAUAAAAGUUGCAAAUUGGUAUCUAAA